AUGCACCGUUUUAGGCGAAAGUCAGAGACAAAGCGUUCAGCUGCAGUGCCUGGUGCACCAGUCCCAGCGUCACCUCAAGCUCGUGCACCUCCACCAACUCUACCUCCGGCCUCCGAUUUUCGUACGUCCUUAAUCUUGCCUAGUUUAUCGCGUCGCUUCACCAUUCUUCGUAAUUCUAGUGGGGAACCUUUAUCCCCGGCCCAAGUGCGAAGCAGGCUUGCUGAGCAGAGGUUGCGUGGGCUCGCCAAUCACAUCACCGAGGAGGAGGAGGACAUGAUGAUUGAAGCGCUGGAGCACAUGCGUUCUUCCACCUCUAAUGCCAGCACCGACGCGUCUCUUUCGGCUUCACAGUCUUCCACGACAAAUCCUGACGGGUCUUCUUCUUAUUUUGCGGAUUCUGACGGACCGCGCUCGCCCUCGUUAUAUCCCCAAUCGUCAUUUUCGUCCUCGCAGCUCGGGGGGCGGAAACUUUCCGAUAACAAUCUUUUCGCAUCAACAAACCGACUUCGAGAGGAGGAAUACCUUAGAACAGUGGUGCGUUCUAACAGGAACGCCAGGGCCGGAGCAGCGUCUGGUCCAGUAACUCCACCACGCGUACGUAACAUCCAGGAACGCACUUCCGAGUCCCCACAAGACUCGAACAAGCACUCCAUGGCUCUUGUCUUACCUACUCCGAACGUGUCACCCAGAGCAGUAACGGAUCCCGCAGACCCGUUCAUUGUCGGAAAUAGCCGUCUAAAACCUGAGCGGCCAGUUACUCCCGGACUCGUUCGACGCGCUUCCUUAGCUUUGGCUCAAGCUCUUCGUGAUCUCGAGCGAGAAAUGGGUGCAUUACAAGAAGGGAAAGAGUCGCCGGAGAUACCUGAAUUCGAUGAUGAUGAUACAGUCUUAGCCCCCUUUCAAUCCACUGCGUCCGCGGUGAAGAGCGGCUCUGAAAAUGUCGCUACUGCCAUUGACGCCUCUCCCAACUAUGUGGCUGAUGGAACUCGGUCAAGCGCCGUUUCGCCGAUAGCGAACUCUCCGCGACAUCAACGUAUGAACAGUGCCUCUCCAGUCCCAAACACCGAGGCUCGUGUCCCAGGCUACAUACCCGGUAUGCACCGUCCUAUCACACCGAUACGCGAUCGCGACUCGGACGUUGAAGAGUUUCCCACCUUUUCCAACACCACGACACCUCGGGCGUCGAGUCCCAUAUCGCCUUUACGAACCUCAAAAGGCGGAGUAAACUCUCCCAGCCGAAGCUAUACCUACCCCCGUCAGCGGUCCAACACUGGAUCAUCUCAAAAUAUAUCGUCAACGGUCACGAGUGAAACUGUCACUCCGACUACACCCUACUUCGGCUCGAGGGACCGGAAUCCUCACACUUCAGUAUCUGCUAUUCCGCACAACCUGCCCUCAGUGCGAUCGGGCAAUCACUCAUUAUCUUCCUUCCCAAGCAGCUCGCCGCGCAUCAAUGGAUCAAUGAAUGACCUGCGAAGCUCACCACGGACUGCAGCCCAAGGAACUGCACCGUCUGCUAUGUUUGAUAUGUCUAGUCAACAUCGGGGUGCUGGGGAUGCAUCUCCAAAUGGCUUCUCUAAUGAGAGGGGAAAAUCACUCGAUCCUACUCAGUCGUUAUCCUCGCCGGCUCUACCAGGAUCCGGUUGGAAUGGCUUCCCGACGCAACGGGAUGUCGAUACCAGCCGAGGUGCAGGUAUGAAUGCCACCGCUGCUGUGUUAGCUUCUCUCCGAGAACAUAACGUGACUCCUGUUUCUUUGUGCUCCCCAACCCGUUCCCCUGCAGGAGACAAGGUCAUUGUAUCUACAUCAAGGCCUGUGAGUCCUGCUAUGAAGGGAACGGGGACGGGUGGACAUUACAGCCACACCCCAAGCUCCUCAGCGUCUAGCGCCUUCUUUCAGGGUGACAAAUUUAGGAGGCCGAGCGAGAAUGAGGACACGAGGUCGUUAUCACCAAGUGGACUUCCUUUUCAACGCAACCUGGUCCUUUCGCCCCUCCUUAACUCUUCUCAUUCUUCGCUCAUUUCUGCUGGUUCCAGCUUCCACUCUGGGGAAGGGAAUGACCCUGUUAAUUUCAAGAAGCUUUACGAGCUGGACACUCUUGCAAAGGACGAUUUGGAAGAUUCGGAUCCGACAUUAGUUAACUCCGAUGAUUCUGAGGAAGUCCUUGAGAAACUGGCAGGCCUUCGUGCAGCAGACAUAACCGCCAUUCACCAAAGGCUUGUUGAAGCAGGGCUGGGUUCGCGCACCGACUCCAGCCGCUCGUCAUCUGUGAAGCAAACCACGCCGCCACUAGUGUCAACACCUGCGUUGACCCCCUUUUCAGGGCGAACCCUGACUCUAGCACCUGAUCCUGCUGUCCCGGCGUCAGCCCACCCCCCGGUCAGCCCAACCAUCCUGCAGGAGGACCCAACCAAGGAUAUCAUUACCUAUAGGCCCCCGAGUAGAACUACUCCUUCGCCUGCUCCGCCGUCGAUGAAAUCGCGUACCCCCGACUUAUUCAAAUCAACCGAGCGCUCGCCCACUCCUGCUUCUGACCAUGCCUCGAAACAAAAUGCGCUGCUGAGGUCUGUGAUGGACAGAAUAGGGGGCUCUCCAUCUUCGACUCCUCCACCUGCUUCUCAGGAACCAGUUUCUCGGAUUCCACUUUCUCCUGAUUUUUCGCCCGCGUCGGUGUCCACGACCGACACAGGAUUUCAGAAGCAGCGGGAGCUCACCGAUGCGUUAUUCGGCGAUGCUGCGCGGCGCGCUGCAACGGCGGAGACUUUAGACAAGGUAGAUGACGACACGGUACUCCUUCAGGACGUUAGGCCGAAAAAUAAAGCGUCGGAAAAUUUCUCCUCUCCAUCACUCUCUCCUUCACCGUCGCCACCCGAGAAUCAGAUGUCGGUGGCUGUGGAAAAGCCACAAACACAGUUGAUUAUUGAUGUAGAACGUCGGGCAGCUGCUGCAACAGCAGCUUUGAAGUCGCCUUCUGCACUUAAUGUCGCCGAAGACUACAAUUUGGCGCGUCGACGGCCUACGAAGCGGAUCAAUACGUCUAAGAUUUCGAAUCCCCUUCUUGUAUCGUCUACAACCAGCGUGGAUGCCGUGCCGAUCAUGUCCCCAUCGAUGGUUUCUUUAACCAAUGGUUCGCCAAGCUCGUCCUUGUCCAAAUUCAGUUUCAAGCGACUGCGAGGGUCUUUGCGCAGCAAGGCACCCAAUGGCGAUGAGGUAACACCAUGGACAGAUGCCAGUGGCUCCCUGCCUGCGCACAAAUUUUCAAGUUCUAUCUCACACGUCAACCAACUUUUGAAGACCCCUCAAUCACUUUCUGUCACUGCGUCACUCGCACAAGUUCAGACUUUGCCUCCAGUUUCUGCCAGUCCUCGCUCUGGUCUGAAAGGGUUUAUGUCGCGGAUAAUGAAAGGCAGGAAGGAUGUGGGCCUUGCAACCGGGCGCGAACUUGUUAAGACAUCUGAAUCCAUGUCACCGUCAGAGCCUUCCCUUCAAGAUUCAAGUUUGGAGCGGAUUAUGCCAAGCCGUAUUGUUCCGGACUCCAUUUCCAACCGUCCAAAUCCUAUGGCUUCCGCCAGGACGAAUGAAGUCUCAGCAGCUAUCCCCGUCCAGCAGCACCCCACAAUUGUGGAUGACCCAAGACCAACAUCCCCUCCCCAGGACGAAGCUGCUUUGCACCAUUUUAUGCAAGCAGGUGCAAUUUUGGGCCUGUCUCAGGAUGUGUUGAACGAUUUUCUCUCAAGGUCUGGCUCAAUCGCUACUCAGAGGUCAAUGAGGAAAGCGACGCCACCACCUGAUCCCGGCGAUCCUGUAUCCGCUGCCUCGCCGAACGACUCUACACUCGCAUCCCGGAAGAUGCCUGACUCUCAGUCCUCUACUACAAAAUCGACUACAGCAGGUGCCAAUAUAGGGCCUCAUAACUCAGCGCAGGACGCGACGCCUGUUGUGGUUCGCCGCACUAUUUAUAUCCCACAAGAAAGUAAACCAGCUCUAUCCCCAGAUCUCCAAAAUGUGGUGGCUCGUAAAUCGUCUCUGAAGCAAAACCGUCACAAUCGGUCCGCAAGUUCAACGUCAACGCAGUCUGGUCGAUCGAUAUCUGACCGUGCACCAACACCACCACCGUCACGGUCCGUACGUCAUCGUUCCGUGGAAGUCUCGCCACCUGUUCCCUCCCUCCCAUCGUCACUCCCGCGUGACUCACAAGUCACAGCCUCUCGUCGAGUUUCCAACCAGUCUGCUACGCAUGAUGCGCGCAAUAGCAAUGGCAAUCCUACAUCGUCCUUUUCUUUCUCCUCGUUAGCUCCUACCUCUACCAACCCCUCCCUUUCACAUCAGCUCAAGCCAAAAAUGGAUCCCCUGGAGCCUGCCGCAGGGCCUGGUCAGGCUCUGCAGUUAGUCGAGUAUUCCAAUGGCCAAGUGGUCUGGUCUGUAGUGGAUGGUCUCCGCGCAGGCGCCGAUGAUGAUUGGGACCUCGAAGACACUUUCGAUGACACUCAAUCAUUCACCGAGAGGGACCCGCGACAUAGAAGCCAAAUUUCUUCAGUUCGAUCAGGUGACUUCAAUGAUCCCGUGCAGCUUUUCUUCAAGGAACACAAAAGGAUGCCUUCCAAGGAAAGUAACAGUUCGUAUAUUUCCAGGCGCAGAGUUUUGCCCCCCUCUCGAACAGCGGAUCCUCGCCCUGAAACAAAGGUGUUUUUCAGUUCCGCAGCCGAGAUUGAGAAGCUGAUAGAGAGUAUGUCGCGGGGCAUCGAUGCCGGGUCCUUCAACGUAGUGCCACACUCACCCACACCCCAAUCAUCGCCUGGGUUUCCCUUGCAGUUAUCUCGACAUCCGGGCCCAGACAAUUCCGGCUCGCCACCUUCAAGUCACCAAAUUUAG